AUAAAAGGAAGCAAGAUGGAAAGAAUUCAGAGAUCUCAUUGGCUCCAGCCCUGUCCUCUAGGAGACUCCCAAAGGCAGACGCUAAGGUCAAAGCCAGAGAAGGCUGGGACGCAUGCGCCAGGAGACGGGGCACUUCCGGCAGAAGGCGGGCCUUUCGGGACUGCGCAGGCGCCAGUGCCCAGCUGCGCUUCCAAGAUGUCUAAGUACGUCCCGUCUCGGCUGGCCUCCUUGCCCCCGACCCUCGAUCACGCCGAGUACGACACAUCGUCCGAGGUCCGGCGGGCGCAGAUCGAGCGGCUGGCCAUCCGCGCCCGCCUCAAGCGCCAGUACCUGCUGCAGUACGACAACCCUCACCGCCGAGGGAUCAUCGAAGAUCCUGCUUUGAUUCGUUGGACCUAUGCAAGAACAGCAAAUAUCUACCCGAAUUUCAGACCUACUCCCAAGACCUCAUUCUUAGGUGCUGUGUUUGGAAUUGGUCCUCUUUUCUUCUGGUAUUAUGUUUUUAAAACUGAUAGGGACAGGAAAGAAAGACUUAUUCAAGAAGGAAAAUGGGAAAGACCACUGAGCAUUACUUACUAAGUCUGAAAAAAUAUGAUUGCUAUGUAUUUAAAUCACUGUAUUGCACAUCUUGAAAAAGAUGAAUUCUUGCUUAAAUAAAUUUUAUGAUACUCAUUAAACAGUCUUUUUCUU